CCUACAUCAUCUUCACUGGGUAUCCCUCCCCACGUGCGACUGCCCGACUUUGACGGCUCUGACACCUAAGAAAGCUGCCACCUCAUUCACUUCGGUCCGAUCUUCACUGUACUUCCACCAUGUUGUUCUCCAUAUUAUAACAAGACGUCCUCUGGGGCCCCACCUCACCACCACCACUAUCUAUAUACUCAGUAAUACCACUACGAGGCGCAUCUCCUUGCCACCAACUCGACCCUGUUACGACUCUCCACUCUUCCGGUACAUAUUCGACUUCACAUUUGCGAUAGACCAACGCGAUCCUGCAAGCGCGUCUCCAGACGACGUUCUGCAGCAACAACUUAGCACUACACACACAUAGUCACCCCACCAUCCACCAGCAAACAUGGCGAACGAGCAGGACCAUAUUGGGAGAACAGGUCCAGCGGGAAUGCGCACAAUGCAGUCGACUCCCAGCACAAUACCACCGACCAUGGCGGCAGAAGAGGAGGUACCGGCCGACGUCGAUGAACCCCCGGAACAAGGGCGUACCCCGCGACCAGCACCUUUGAAGAUCCAACACUCCUCGAAAGGAUCAUUCACGAAGAUCUCGAAAUCUACGAUUGACCGCAAGACAUCACUCCUGACCAGCGCGCUGCAAUCAGCCUCGAACACGAGCUCGCCGGUUGACGACCACUCCGACAGGGAUCCACCUCGUGGCAUGUCAUGCAUUUCCACGUGGAGCACCAGCACCAUCUCGACUGCUGAUCUGACCAGCGAUGGAGGCUUUACGAGCCCAGGCACGCGGACCUGCACACCGAGCCCUCCGCUGCCCUCGACUAUGAUCCAUACAAUGCUACCGCCGUACACAAAGAAGCUAUCUGAGCAGCGAAUCACCUUGAUUGGCCAGGAGAACGACACUGUUGUAGCGCCUAAGCCCGCAGCACCCGCCGGUGAACAGGGUGUCGAGGCGACAUUAGGCAGGAAGAGGUGUAUCAUGUUUGCAUGUGGCGGCAAGAAGGAGGAGAAGAAACCAGUAGGGGCUCCGGCAAAGCCAACAACACCUGCGUCCGCCGAGGAAUCACUCAAGCGGGGCUGUACCAUCAAGUUCGCUUGCGCGAAGCCUACGACGCCCACACCUGCUGAAGAGCCACCAAAGCGUGCUUGUACCAUCAAGUUCGCCUGCCCCACUAAAGUCUCGACAGAAGCACCUUCGAAGCCAAAAACACCCCGUCGCGCUGCCAGCCCCGCACCACUGCCGCGUAGGAUACCUGUAUCCCCAAAGCCAUCGCCGAGAGCGCACCGUGACUCUGAUUCCACAGUUCGCAACAAUUCUCCCAUCAGUGUCCGCAAAGUGUCGAUAGUUGACCGCACUCGCCGUUUGAGCCAGAACUCGGAACUCGCUCAUACCGAGGCUUACCGUUUCCACGAGUUUGCAAGCUCAGAAGAGGAAGUUGACGAAUGGACGCAAGAGGUCACAUGUCACCGAAACCGACUUACUGUAGGAGACACUCUUAGAGUUGAGAAUAACCUCCGUCAAUUGGUCAAAGAGGUUGAAGAAGAGGCUCUGGAAGACGACGAAGAUGAAGACGAUGAUGCAGCGGAUGAUGAGGAUGACGAUGAGGAUGAGUCUGAAGAUGAGGAUAACAACAGCGAUGCGUACAGUGAUGUCACCGAUGAGGGCUUUCAAACAGACGACGAAGAAGGUUUUGCGGUUUCAGAUGAGAGUGAUGCUGGAUCUGACUAUAAUUGGUGGGCCCCAGGAGCUUCGACUGCAGCCACGUCCAUUGAUCACAUCGGCAACCUUCGACCCAAGAACCACCGCACUGUGUCGGAAUCUUCCAUCGGUUCUCUGGAAAGCCGCAAGAAUGGAUUCAAGAUGUUCGAGCGGACGGAGGGCCAGCGUGCAGAGGGCCCAUCAGGUCCGUCAAUCAAGCGGAAGAAGUCGAAGCCAAUGAACAUUCGCGCACCAAGCCCGGAGCUUCCUGACAGCACCGAUUUCGUCUGCGGAACUCUUGAUGAGGAUAGGCCAGCGGAAGAAGCAUACAUGUCCAACUUGGAACGCCGCCGAGCAGCCAAACACAAGCCUGCACCUCAAGACAUCGAUCCCAGUUUCCCAGCUUCGGAUCCCGAGCUUGUUGACGACGAUGAGGAGGAUGAAGUGGACGAUAUCGAGAACCCUUCAGAAAGCGACAACUACUUCGUGAUGCACGGGCGCAUGGACCUCAUUGACGGCGCACCACGCGGACGUCGCAGGGAUACCUUGAAGCAGCGUUCGCCCCCGACACACUCACCGAAACGACUUCGCUCACCUCCACCAGCCAAGCGCGCUGUGCACCGAUCGCCGCCUCCGCCUACCAAGCGUGCAGUGCAUCGCUCACCACCUCCACCCUCUAAGAGGUCCAGUCACCGUUCUCCACCUCCCCGCGCGCUCUUCGGCAAAUCACCAGUACGAGCACGCUCUCCCGCUCCUGUUCGUCUUCGAUCACCACCUCCAUCCCGUCAUGGCUCGGCCAACAUUCUGGCUUUACGACAGCGUUCUGAGAUGUCGGUUAAGUUUGGCGGUAUCGGCGAGCGAGCGGCCCUGACUGUAUCUGCCUCACUACCUCGAACGCCCAUCACUGCGCACCAUAACCCUCUGGAGUACGACGACGAUGAAGAGACAAGCACCAAUGACUGGCCUGUCCGUCGCGCCAUCGACAUCCAAAUCGGUCUCGAGAAGAAGAGGCAGCGACGCAGGGAGCAGCUGUACAGAAAACAGCACCGCAAGAGCGCCAAAGAGAAGCGCCCGCCGCCUCCUGGACGAGGUGCAGAGCGCAUGCGUGGGAUCGGUCUACAAAUGGCCGCCUACAAAGGCAAGACAACAGCCUUUAAUCCCUUCCAUGUUCCGGCAUCACCGGAGCAGGAGAACAUGCACGUGCUGUCCGUAUAAGAGGCAGCACGGAGUGUAGAAGAGCGCCGCCAACCAGCGCGUUGGCCCUUGACAAGAUUUCGCACACGAUGCGGAACUUGCUGGUCGCUACUCACACAAUCCAGGUAGAGCGGCCCAAGAAAGGCACGCUCCCGACCCUUCCAUUCUCUCGAAAUAUUUAUUGUUACGGUAGCUUCCUACUUCCGCUGCUGGCUACUCAUGUACAUAGCCACACAUUACUAUUUCCAAUCAGACAUGAUCCUCUCAUAUUUCCGUUUCUAGACUGUCUGAUAGUCUCCUUUGUACUGGAUUAUACCACGGCAUAGCAUGGGCUUGGUUAGGUGCAUUGAUGGCCUCCCUCGCUUCGAGAGGUUGAGAGCCUUUGGGAGUUAGCUAUACUUUGACGAAUCUACGAAUUCUA